AUGGAGAAGGGAGGUGCUGAUGUGAUUGAACUUGGCGCACCCUUCACCGACCCGAUUGCCGACGGCCCUACAAUUCAGACCUCCAACACUGUUGCGCUGCAACAUGGCGUCACGAUCGAGUCAACCCUCCAGAUGGUCAAGGACGCAAGGAAUCAGGGCCUCAAGGCGCCUGUGAUGUUGAUGGGAUACUACAACCCCCUCCUCAGCUACGGCGAGGAGAGGCUCCUGAACGACUGCAAGAGCGCCGGUGUCAACGGCUUCAUCGUCGUCGACCUUCCCCCCGAGGAGGCCAUCUCCUUCCGCAAGCUCUGCACCAAGGGCGGACUUUCAUAUGUUCCCCUGAUCGCCCCCGCCACAUCAGACGCCCGCAUGAAGAUUCUUUGCAAGCUGGCCGACUCCUUCAUCUACGUUGUGUCCCGUCAGGGUGUCACCGGUGCCCUCGGCUCCCUCAACGCCAACCUCCCCGCCCUCCUGGACCGCGUGAAGCAGUACAGCGGCGACAAGCCCGCGGCCGUCGGCUUCGGCGUCAGCACCCGCGAGCACUUCCUCAGCGUCGCCCAGCUCGCCGACGGUGUCGUCGUCGGUAGCCAGAUCAUCACCACCCUCCAGAAGGCCGCCCCCGGCGAGCUGUUCAACGACGUCGAGAAGUACUGCGCGUACCUCUGCGGCCGUGACGACGCCCAGAACGAGACCACCCGCGAGGUCGGCAUCGUCGAGGCCAUCGCCGGCGCCAAGGAGCCCCAGAACCCCACUGUCGACGCCAUCACCGCCGACCAGGACAGCGAGCUGGUCGCGCAGCUCGCCGCCAUGCACGGCAAGAUCCCCGAGCGCUUCGGCGAGUUCGGCGGCCAGUACGUCCCCGAGAGUUUGAUGGACUGCCUGUCGCAGCUGGAGGAGGGCUUCAACAAGAUCAAGGACGACCCGUCCUUCUGGGAGGAGUACCGUUCAUACUACGAGUACAUGGGCCGUCCCGGCCACCUGCACCUGGCGGAGCGCCUGACGGAGCACGCCGGCGGUGCCAACAUCUGGCUGAAGCGUGAGGACCUGAACCACACCGGUUCGCACAAGAUCAACAACGCUCUGGGCCAGCUGCUCCUCGCCAAGCGCCUCGGAAAGACCAAGAUCAUCGCCGAGACGGGCGCCGGCCAGCACGGUGUCGCCACGGCGACGGUGUGCGCCAAGUUCGGCAUGGAGUGCACGGUGUACAUGGGCGCCGAGGACGUCCGCAGGCAGGCGCUGAACGUGUUCCGCAUGAAGCUCCUGGGCGCCAAGGUCGUCGCCGUCGAGGCCGGGAGCAAGACGCUGCGUGACGCCGUCAACGAGGCCAUGCGCGCCUGGGUCGUCGAGCUCGACACCACCCACUACAUCAUCGGCUCCGCCAUCGGCCCUCACCCCUUCCCCACCAUCGUCCGCACCUUCCAGUCCGUCAUCGGCAACGAGACGAAGCAGCAGAUGCUCGAGAAGAGGGGCAAGCUGCCCGACGCCGUCGUCGCCUGCGUCGGUGGCGGCAGCAACGCCGUCGGCAUGUUCUACCCCUUCGCCAACGACCCCUCCGUCAAGCUCCUCGGAGUCGAGGCCGGCGGCGACGGUAUCGACACCGCCAGGCACAGCGCCACCCUCUCCGGCGGCAGCAAGGGCGUCCUGCACGGCGUCAAGACCUACAUCCUCCAGGACAAGCACGGCCAGGUCGCCGAGACUCACUCCGUGUCCGCCGGCCUGGACUACCCCGGUGUCGGCCCCGAGCUGAGCUCCUGGAAGGACAGCGAGCGCGCCAAGUACGUCGCCGCCACCGACGCCGAGGCGUUCAUCGGCUUCCGCCUCAUGAGCCAGCUCGAGGGUAUCAUUCCUGCCCUCGAAUCGGCGCACGGCAUCUACGGCGCCAUCGAGCUCGCCAAGACGAUGAAGAAGGACGAGGACAUUGUCAUCUGCCUGAGUGGCCGUGGCGACAAGGACGUGCAGAGCGUCGCUGACGAGCUUCCCAAGCUGGGACCCAAGAUUGGCUGGGACUUGCGUUUUUAG